CUUAACUGAUCGAUUUUUUCGCGCAUGCGUUAUGCAGUUGUAAUCUUCUUCCAGGAACGUUGUUCUAUGAAGCUUGUCACCGGCCGGCGUUGGAACUUACUUUCUUUGUUUUUACAAUAAGAUCAUCAUCUGCAAAAGUUCCUAGUUUAAGUGAAAAUUGACUUGCAGUGUAACUUGAGCAGAAUAAAUUGGAAAGACUUGAUUUUAGGAAAUGCCGCCUAAACCACUUCUACAAGUUGAACCUGCCACUCGCCACCUUGAUAUACAUACUAGAGCUCAAGAUGGCAGUGAGUUCAUACAUAUCUCAAGAAUGGAAGAUGCAGAGGUCAACCUUGAAAGAAAUCCAUUGCCAGAGGCUCCUGUGGAAGACGAAGAUAAAUGGAAAAGGCUGUCAAUGCGCCCUGCUAUUUAUCAAUUUACUCGUCGUGCAUUAGAAAUUAAUACUAAAAGGGAUCAACUGAAAAUCCGAUUUCCCCUCCGACUGGAAACUCUCUUAGACGUUUCUGCUUGCAGACAUGAUUGGUGCGCUUUUUGUUUAGGUUCUAAAUUAUGUUCUGAAAUUUAUAGUGAAUCGUAUUUGGCACCUAUUGAAGAAAUAGCGGGCCAGAGUCCAUACUUGAGCGUUGUUCUUCAUUUCGAUUACUACACAUUGGUUCUACUGCUUAAAUAUCUUCAUGAAUGGUUUAUAAUCAUAGGAAUGAAAGAGGCAAUAGGUGCAUGGGUGUAUUCUGUUGUUGCUUGCAUGAAAAAGUCAAUAGGUUCGCGUGUUAGGAGGCUCGUUGAAAAUUUUUAUGAUGAUUGUGAGGAGUAUCUGAAAGUUUGUGAAGAUGAAACAGAAAUUGAUAAAUUGUAUUUGAUUUCUGGCAUUUUGGAUAGUUAUUUUAAUAUCAAUUUGGAGAGAGCAUCCGAAGUGGCUAUUGCUUCUGAAAAUGAUUUGAUGUAAAUUUCUAGAAUAUUUAAAAAGUUUUUAAUUGAAAUCCUCAUUUUACCUAAAAUUGUCUGGUGUUCUCUCCUAUCGUCUCUUAUUUUAUUUUAUCUCUUUUAUUUUAUCUUAUUUUAUUUUAUACUUGCAUCUAUAAAUCUCAAUAUAUACUGUUCUGCAACGGAUUGUAAAACUCUCUGCGUUUUUGCUUUACAUUUACUAGCAUCAAUUAUAAUAGGGGAAUCCAAGGUCAAAGGGAAUACCGGAACUGUACUCAUCGUUGGCCGUUUCGCCCCUUAAUGAGAUGGUGUCAUCGAAAUGUGGUCUCGCAGAAUCUUUUGACGAACAGUAUUCUCUUUUUACUCGUGCAGCAACUGAAAUCUGUGCUUCUAAAUUUAAAAUAUUUCAUUGUAAUUGUUAUUUGUUUUUAAUGUGUGAUUUAUAUUACAUGUACUCAUAAAUGUAAUUUGAAUGUGGAAUAAAAUAAACAUGUUUUGAA